UGAGGAGCCAGCACGUUGUUAACACUCAGCAAACGUCAGGGGUCGGGAAGAGAAGGCUAACUUUCCAAAUUUGUUUUCUGUGCCAAUAAAAAAGUAAUCCCACACCCAAAUCUGGAUCCAAAUUCGAGCCUGUGCUUCUCCGGCCAUGGCCGCCACCACGGACCUCCACGAGGCCAUUGAGCUGUUCCGCGACAUUGCGAGGGAGGUGCAAGAGGUAGUGGCUGUGGGCUGCGCCUACACCAGGCAUCACAUAGUGCCGGCCAUCCGCAGCUGGGUGGUUGUCCUGCACCAGUCCUUUGUCAUCAGCCACGGGGAGGCGGAGCCAGUGCUGGACAUGGAUCCCCUGGUGAUACCCAUGCGCAGCCUCGUCCACAUCGUAAACGAUUCCUACGCACAGCUGGGCAGCCACCAGGAGGCGGAGGCCCUACUGGAUGUGGCACCCAUUCUGCUGCCCAUGCGCAGCGUCCUGCACAUCAUGAGCGACUCCUCUCCGGAGCUGCACGCGGAGCAGCGGACAGUCGUCGACGCGAACGUGGCCGUAAGGGCCACUCGGUGGAUCUACGGGCUGGCCAGAUCCACAUACGAUAUUAUGUCGGUCCUGGCCGGAUAACAGAGUACCGUUUGCUUUCGC